AGCAGCAGCGUCUGUCAGUGUCUGCAGACGGACGAGGAGGAGGAGGACAUCUCUCUGACCUCAUCUGGACGGGACUUUAACAGCAGGAAACCACGAUGACGGCAGUGGACCUUUUCAACACUCUGGAGAAUUUAAAAGAAGAUGAAUUUAAGACAUUCAAAUGGUAUCUGCAGCAAGAUAUCCUGGAAGGCUACCAAAGCAUCAAAGUGGCCAAGCUGGAGGAUGCAGAAAGGCAGGACACAGUAACUCUGAUAGUGAAUACCUAUCAACUUCAUGGAGCUCUGAAGGUGACCAAGAAGGUUUUAGAGAAGAUCAACAGGAAUGAUCUAGUGCAGAGUCUGCCAGAUACCAGCUCAGGACCAGAAGAGUCAGUGGAUGUCAGUGAUGUUGGAGAGACUUCAGAGAACAGUGGAACUCCCUCCUCUCAGAGCAAAGGGAUGGUUCCAGAACCAAAGCCAGCACGGCACAUCUCAAAAUACCAAGAAAUGAUUCAGCCAAACUUCAAAGACCGUUACAAGCAACUAAAAGAAGGGUUGACGGAGGUGAAACAACCUCUGGAUAAGAUUUACACACAUCUGACUGUCACAGCUGGGGGUAACGUACACAUCAACACACAGCAUGAGGUCAGGCAGAUUGAGACAGUGAGGCCAGCAGAUACAGAUACAACAAUUGAAACUUGUGACAUGUUCAAACACCCCUCUGGAGAAGAUAGCUCCAUAAGAACAGUGCUGACCAAGGGUAUCGCAGGAAUUGGAAAAACAUUUCUUGUGCACAAGUUUGUGUUGGACUGGGCUGAAGGAAGAGCCAAUCAAGAUGUGCAUCUCGUUUUCCCCUUCACCUUCCGCGAGCUGAAUUCAUGGAAGGGAGAGAAGGUAUGUUUGGCAGAGCUCAUUCAUGAAUGUAUCUGGGAGACCAAAGACAUCAGGAAAGAAGCUCUUAAUCACAUAUUUACAAAGCUGCAGUCAACAGGAAACACCAACUUUGACAGGAGUGAAUUCAAACUUCUGUUUGUUUUGGAUGGACUGGAUGAGAGCCGCCUUGAUCUGGACUGUUCCACCAAUAAAAACAAGGCAGUUAAAAUUGAUGUGACAGCGCCGACCUCAGUGGACAAGCUGCUGACGAACCUCAUCAAGAAGAAACUGCUUCCUUCUGCUCGUCUCUGGAUAACCACACGACCUGCAGCAGCCAAUCAGAUCCACUCUGGUUUUGUAGACAUCACGACAGAGGUCAGAGGGUUCUCCAACCCACAGAAGGAGGAGUACUUUAGAAAGAGAUUCACAGAUCAGAAGCAGGCUGGCAGAAAUGUGGAGCAGGCCGACAGAAUCAUCUCCCACAUCAAGACAUCUCGAAGUCUCCACAUCAUGUGCUACAUCCCAGUCUUCUGCUGGAUCACUGCUACAGUUCUGGAAAAAAUGAUGAAAACCAGAGAGGUAGGAGAGCUGCCCAAGACCCUGACUGAAAUGUAUGCAGAAUUCCUGCUGUUUCAGAUUCAUCAGACAAAGGAGAAGUAUGACCCAGAAGAGUAUGACUCAGAAAAGUGCAAUCAGUACAUUGAGUCAUUAGCAAAACUGGCUUACCAUCAGUUGGAAAAGGGCAACCUGAUCUUCUACGAGAAAGAUCUUGAAGAGAGUGGCAUUGACAUCAGUGGAGCUUCGAAGUGCUCAGGAUUUUUCACAGAAAUCUUCAAAAAGGAAAGUCGGGGAAAGAAUGACCAAAGAAAGAUGUUUAGCUUCGUCCAUUUGAGUGUUCAAGAGUUUCUGGCUGCUCUUCAUGUAGAGAUGGAAGUAAUUAACAGAAACAAGAAUGUGAUGUUUGGGAAAAGAUGGGUUGAAAAAGGGCAAAUGUUUUUCAGCAAAAAAUCUAUGAUGUCUAAGGUCCACAGGUUUGCUAUUGACAAGGCCUUACAGAGUCCAAACGGACACCUGGACUUGUUCCUUCGCUUCCUCCUGGGUCUUUCACUGCAGACAAAUCAGGAUCUCCUCCAAGACCUGCUGGCUCAGACAGGAAGUAGCUCAAUGACCAAUCAGGAAACAGUGGAGUACAUCAAGAAGAAGAUCAGUAAGAAUCAGUCUGCAGAGAGAAGCAUAAAUCUGUUCCACUGUCUGAAUGAACUGAAUGAUCGUUCUCUAGUGAAGGAGAUCCAACAGUCCCUGAGUUCAGGAUGUCUCUCCACAGAUAAUCUGUCUCCUGCUCAGUGGUCAGCUCUGGUCUUCAUCUUACUGUCAUCAGAAGAAGAUCUGGACGUGUUUGACCUGAAGAAAUAUUGUGCUUCAGAGGAGGCUCUUCUGAGGCUGCUGCCAGUGGUCAAAGCCUCCAAAAAAGCUUUGCUGAGUGGCUGUAACCUGUCAGAGAGAAGCUGUGCAGCGCUGUCAGUUCUCAGCUCAGAGUCCUCUAGUCUGAGAGAGCUGGAUCUGAGUAACAACAAACUGAAGGAUUCAGGAGGGAAGCUGCUUUCUACUGGAGUGAAGAAUCCACACUGUAAACUGGAGACUCUAAGGCUGAGUGGCUGUUACCUGUCAGAGAGAAGCUGUGAAGAUCUGUUCUCAGUUCUCAGCUCAGAUUCCUCUAGUCUGAGAGAGCUGGACCUGAGUAACAAUGAACUGAAGGAUUCAGGAUGGAAGCUGCUUUCUACUGGAGUGAAGAGUCCACACUGUAAACUGCAGACUCUCAGGCUGAGUCGCUGUAACCUGUCAGAGAGAAGCUGUGAAGAUCUGUCCUCAGUUCUCAGCUCAGAGUCCUCUAGUCUGAGAGAGCUGGACCUGAGUAACAAUGAAUUGAAGGACUCAGGAGGGAAGCUGCUUUCUACUGGAGUGAAGAGUCCACACUGUAAACUGGAGACUCUCAGUUUGUCAGGCUGUCUGAUCACAGAGGAAGGCUGUACUUCUCUGGCUUCAGCUCUGAGAUCCAACCCCUCCCAUCUGAGAGUGCUGGACCUGAGCUACAAUCAUCCAGGAGACUCGGGAGAGAAGAUGCUUUCAGCUAGACGGGAGGAUCCACACUGCAGACUGGAAACUCUAAGGCUGGGACAUUGUGGAGAGCAGAGGCUGAAACCUGGUCUGAGGAAAUAUUCCUGUCAACUCAUACUGGACACAAACACAGUGAACAGAAACCUCAAACUGUCUGACAACAACAGGAAGGUGACACGUGUGAUGGAGUAUCAGCCAUAUCCUGAUCAUCCAGAGAGGUUUGACUCCAGGCCUCAGCUGCUUUGUAGAGAUGGUCUGACUGGUCGCUGUUACUGGGAGGUUGAGACGAGAGGAGAUGUUGAGAUAUCAGUGAGUUACAGAGGAAUCAGGAGGAGAGGAGGCAGUAGAGACUGUUGGUUUGGAGGUAAUGAUCAGUCCUGGAGUCUGGAGUGCUCUGAUGAUCGUUACUCUGUCCGGCACAAUAAUAUCAGAACAGACAUCUCCUCCUCUGUCUCUGGUAGAGUAGCAGUGUAUGUGGACGGUCCUGCUGGCUCUCUGUCCUUCUACACAGUCUCCUCUGACUCACUGAUCCACCUCUACACCUUCAACACCACCUUCACUCAGCCUCUCUAUCCUGGGUUUGGGUUAGGGUCUGAUUCCUCAGUGUCUCUGUGUUCUCUGAGCUACAAUCAUCCAGGAGACUCAGGAGAGAAGCUGCUUUCAGCUAGAAGGCGGAUCCACACUGCAGUCUGGACACUAAGGCUGGAACUUGGUGGAGCGCAGAGGCUGAAACCUUUUCUGAGGAAGUGUGAGUGUGCUUUCACUUUGAUUCAUUAAAACAAUGCUCAAAAUCUUCCAGUAGGAUUAGUAUUGUCUUAGUAUUUCUUUUUGAUUGCUAACAAGCAUUAGUUAAAACGGAAGUCACAUUGUCAAAACUAUACAUCCAGAGAAACAGAAGUCACAAACUCUGGAUAAUUUUUCAUUGCUGUAACACAAAAUGCAGACCUGCAAACCUGUAGGCAUUUUGCGUAUUAGAUACGCAUUUUGACAUCAAAAUAUGGUGACACGAUUUGUCACUUUAAACUAUGCAAAAAUCAGGUGACUGCUUUGCUUUCACUCGUUGACGUGCAGUAGCGGUCUCAGUUUUGGAUUUAGUUACAAAGGUCUUGUAUUUUUUUUUUGCCUUUCCUAGGAUUAAGUUCAUACUGAAACAAAAUGAACAUUUACUAAUGUAGGCUAAUUACAAACUGACCGGAGCCCGUCUCUGGACGCACCAGAGGACGACACAAAGUAAACACGCCUCUGUGACCGGUACCGGGGGGGUGUUAUCGGUUGAACUGAGCGGAGGAUGUGAUGAAUGUGUCGGUGUGUGUUGGAACCUGGCUGGUGUUAUAACAAACAGAACGAGCAGCCGCUGGACUCUAACGUCUGUUGA